UUUUCUAGGUUGUGCAUUUCUUGUAGGCCACAGCUCUGACUCGGAUCAUCGCAACGACCGAAGUGUUAAUUUCGAGGUUCAGUCGCGUGGCGACGACUGGCCGUCGAUUUUAGUGACCGAUCCCAGCCGUACUCGCUAUAAUAUGAUGUAUUUUGGGGUCGAAGAUGUGACAGAGUUUUUCGGUGAUUCUGGUCGUUGCGUUUCAAGUGAGACAGCAGUAGGAGAUUCAAGUAGUUGAGAAUAUUAAUCGGGUGUGCAUGAAAAGUUGAUCAGAGUUCUUCGAUGGCGGUGUGAGCAAGGAGUGAAGCUUCAAAUUAUCUUUUGAUUGAAGUUUCUUCGAGAUGGCAAUCUUAGCGCCACAUAACUGCAAUGCAAUAAUCGGCAAUUUUCCAUCAACAAAAUCCUCACAUGCAGGACCUAAGAGCAGUACGUGUGUAUAUGGGGGUGUCGCUUUGUAUGCAAGAGAAGGUAUACACCUAUCAAGUAAUGUUUUCCGGAGAAAUUUCCAAGACAAUUUCAAGGGAUUUUGGCGAAGAAAUUCGAACAAAAUUUCUCCCAUUAACAAGAGUGUUCAGAAGAAACACUAUGAUUGUGUAGUGCCAGUCUGCUUUAUGGAAAAGCUUCAAGCAGUGUACAUGGCUCAAUGUUGUUUGCAGCACCUGAACACUGACACACUCCUGGCAGUAGUCGAUCCAGCAAUUGAUAACAUUAAGAGUUCCCCAGAAGUGCAACAUGCUCUUCACUCAAUUCAGUCUGUAUCACAUUAUUCAACUGCGCUACAUCUGCGUGAAUUUUUAACUGCAGCCUUGGAUCAUGUGGAGCAGUUCACAUCACACAUCAUGAAGACCUUUGACAAUAUCGGUGUGAAUACUUCAACCAAUCAGCAACUUGUAGAUCAAAUUUGGGUAUCCAUGACGUCUGAUCAUGCGAACAUGAGAGCCGGAGCUAUACCUGGGGGAACUCCAGCACUUCUUACAUCGAUAGCUACCUUAACUGUAGUAGUUUCCUCUGCGCUUGAAAGUAAAGGGGAUUUCUCGGAGGGACGCGAUCUUCCAUUACGAUAUGAUGCAGACUUGAUUGCUGCUUAUUUCAAGAAAAGACCGAUGGACAUUGCGAUGAGAUCUACAAAAAUCAUGUUUGAAUGCUCGAAUUUAACUUUCAACAUCUUGUUGGAUAAGUACCUCGGGCGAGAACGACAGAUGGAGCAAGUACGUGCUAGGGAGCUUGUUGAACUAAUCACCAGGCUUGGACCUACUGCUGUGAAGAUUGGUCAGGCAUUGAGCAUACGCCCCGACAUAAUGCCCCAAGUAUAUUUAGAGCAACUACAAAAACUUCAAGACCGAGUUCCUCCUUUCUCCAACGAUGAGGCGAAGCAAAUUAUUUUAGAAUCUCUUGGAAGACCCGCUGAAGAAAUGUUUGAGGAGAUGUCCGAACAUCCGAUUGCUGCUGCUUCCUUAGGACAGGUGUACAAGGCAAAACUAAGAGAGAAUGGAGUUCCGGUGGCAAUCAAGGUGCAGCGACCUGGGGUUUUAGAAGGAAUAUCACGUGACCUGUUCUUGCUGAGAAUUGGCGCAUCGAUAUUUCAAAAAGUUCCUAUAGUGCAAUCUGAUAUGACUGGACUACUCGACAGCUGGGCUUUUCGGUUCUUUGAUGAGCUCGAUUAUGUCAACGAGGCACACAAUGCCAUCCAGUUCUUAGAAAAUAUGAACUCUUUGCCUCAAGUCACCGUCCCUGAGAUGUUCUUAAAGUACACAUCACGCAAGGUGCUGACGAGUGCAUGGGUUGUCGGAGACAAACUCUCCGACAGUAAUGCUGCCGACUUGUCCAUGAUCACAACAGCCAUGAACUGCUACUUAGUGCAAUUGCUGGAAAGCGGAUUCCUUCAUGCAGAUCCACAUCCUGGAAACCUUCUGAAAACUCCAGACGGUCGUCUUUGUGUACUGGAUUUCGGACUCAUGACUACGGUUACUGAAGAUCAGAGGUACACAUUGAUUGAAUUCAUAUCCCACCUGAUGAACUCCGAUUAUCCUCGUGUAGCAGAUGAUUUGGUAAGGCUUGGUUUUGUUCCUGAAGACAAAGCUGACCCUGCAAAAACAGCAGCUGCGGUUCCUCAACUCACUCGCGUAAUGAGCCAACUUUUACAAGGUGGUGGUAUUCGGAAGAUAAAUGUCCAGCAGAUGACUGAAGACAUUACAAAGGUCGCGAAGGACUACAUUUUUGUGAUACCACCGUACUUUGCACUCAUUCUCCGCGCUUUCUCAGUGCUGGAGGGAAUUGGUUUAGACAUAGACCCUGACUACAGUAUCGUCAAUGCAUGUUAUCCAUACGUCUCCAAACGAUUGCUCACUGAUGACAGUCCCCGAACAAGGCUUGCACUAAAGUAUUUCCUAUACGGAGAGAGCACCCAACUAGAUAUUCAGCGAGUGGAAGCAUUAGCUUCGGGGUUUCAGAGCUUCCGAGACAUUAUGACUAUGUCCCAUGGUGGUCCGGCUUUGCCACCUCCAAAAGUGAAUUACUUGGAUCCCACUGCAAAGGAAGCCCUAAAGCUUCUGUUUGCACCCGAAGGCAGUUACAUUCAGGAGCUUAUUCUGACUGAGGUUGUUCGUGCUGUGGACGCACUAUCUAGAGAAGCACUGGCCGAACUCUGGCAAUUUUUUUCUCAACGCCUUAACUUAUCUUCAACUCUGGCCAUCCCAGGGUCGUGGCCUCUCCCCAGUUUUAUAUUUGGUGGUGUGCUUGGUGGUAGACAAAUGGCCCAGCUGUCACCAGAAGAUUACAAAUCACUUGACUUAGUGCGGCGGUUAUGGAUGCUUGUUGAACCUCAUCUUAUGCGUCCCAGCACCGCCACAGAAUUCGCCGACAUUGCCCAAGAUGUAGGGCCAGUGGUCAAGGAUCUCCUCCCAGGCGUUAGAACUAUCGCUCAACGUUUCGCCAUUAUGUUAUUUCAGCGGCAAGCACUUCGAUUAGCAGAUGACCUUGAUGGUCGUCACUCCGUGAGAGGCUGGGAUGAAGAUCCAGCAGCAUUUGCUCGGAGAAUUCGCCCAUUUCAAGCCCGCUUGCAGCCUCCAAACCCACAACCCAGAAAACAACUACCACAAUUGACUGGCCGUUGAAAUGAUCUGCAUACAGUACAGAAUGGAUCUACUCCAUGAUGAUCAAGUUCUAUCGAUUUGGAACUAAUGUACACUAAUAUUUCAGAUUUUUUACAAUUUACUGUAGGCUGGCUAAUCAAUUCUUUCCAUGAAAUUUGUAUGCUCAAUGGACGUUCGAUUGGGUUUUGAAAUGCACUUGGGUGCUGUGAAGCAUAACACUGUAUUGUUCUGGCGUCUUUAUCAUUACUGUACAUUCAUCUUACCA